CCGCCAUGACCCAAGCAACAGUCCUGCAAUACGAAGCGCCAUGGCCCGUUUACGGCCUGGACUGGUGCAAGUCCCCAGCGCCCGGCCAACAACACCGCCCACGGUCGUCCUACCGCCUCGGCAUCUCCUCCUACACCGAAGAUUACCGGAACCGGAUCGCUGUCGUCGGGCUCCAGGACGAGCGAGUGCUGGUUGAGGACGAUUACGCUGAUUACGCCGACUUCGCGACCCUCGUCGAGGUCCCGCACGGGUACCCCGCCACGAGCCUGCAGUGGCAGCCCGCGUCGGCGGCGAGCUACGCGUGGAACCAGAAAUCGCCGUCGACAGAGUUCUUGGCUACGACGGGCGAUGCUCUGAGAGUAUGGGAGUACACGUCUGAUAUGCCGCCCGCGAUGGGGGCGUAUGUGGGGAAGCCGACGGGUGGUAGCGGACACCGGUUGACGCUGAAGACGGCGCUAUCUGGGCAAUCCAAGAUGCAAAAUCAGACGACUGGCGCCCCGUUAACCAACUUUUCGUGGAACGAGAAACAACCAUGCUUGAUCGUGACCGCAUCCGUCGACACGACGUGUACCGUCUGGAACAUCGACACGUCCCAGGCGAUCACGCAACUCAUCGCCCAUGACCGCGAGGUGUACGACGUGGCCUGGCUACCAGGCUCUACAGACAUCUUCGUCUCUGUCGGCGCCGAUGGUAGUCUGCGCGCGUUCGACCUCCGAAGUUUGGAACAUUCUACCAUUCUCUAUGAAACGCCUGCCCCCAAGAAUCCGUCCAUGACCGCGUCUCCGUCAGGAUCUGCGCGUCCACUGACGUCUCCUUUGCUACGGAUAUGCUUCAACCCUGCUGACUCGAAUUACAUGGCGACAUUCCAUUCGGAUGGUGCCGACGUCCAGAUACUGGACAUGCGAAAUCCUGGACAACCCGUUAUGGAACUGCGGGGGCAUCGGGCGCCCCUGAACGCGCUCAGCUGGGGUUCAGCGGAGAACCCGCUGCUCGCAACGGCGGGGGACGACUGCCAGCUUCUGCUAUGGGAUCUUUCCGGCCAUGCACAGCUUCCUAGUCAAUCACCCCGGCACGCGAGCUCCAGGCUCAAUUCGCCGCGACCAGAGACGAAGAAGCGGGUGAUCACAGAUCCAGUCAUGACCUACACGGGUCAGAGCGAGAUUUCGAGCAUCGCGUGGUCGCCGCAGAUCCCGGGUAUGUCGAUGAAUACGGGACAGACCACGGCGCCAGGCGAGUGGAUGGCGGUGGCGAUGGGCAAGACGAUCAAGGCGCUGAAGGUGUAGGCUCAGUGCGGGGAUACUCGUCGAUUCUGGGAGGAACGGGGGCAUCAUGCGGGUUCAUACGAAGACGGUGCACGCGGAGACCGACUUGCUUCGCCGUCUUCUCCGGGGCAGCGCCGUCGGAGGUUUGUUGCUAAUUGGGGCAUUGCGUAUGGUUGGAUUAUUUCUGGCGCGAAGUCGGUGGUCUGGCCCGGGUCUGGUUCACUCGGAGCCCGAUACUGGGAUGUUUGAGAUCUGCUGCAGUGCUUAUCCGGACCUGCGCCUCCGGGCCUCAGCGCGAGGAACAAUCAGGGAAAAGCUUUCGCCAAGCGACAGGGCGUCGUGUGCGCAUUUCUGUGCCCUCCCCCGAUAAGAGGACUGAGGGCGCUACCGCGUACAGUACAUUCGAAUUCUUUCGUGCGGCUAACGUACGAGAAAUUGAUGGACCAUCCGUUGACGGAUGUUUGAUGGCUCAUCUGAGCGAUUCGCGAUGUGUACGCGGUUGUGAGAGCGACAGUCUCCGGGGAUGGGAAGGGGAUGGGAGCAACGAUACGGACGUGCGCCAAGAAAAGUGAUGGGCCCGCAUGGAACCAGUCGAGCUGGCGCGGGUGGCGCUGCUGCUGAUUGCGCUCCGCCUUUUUUAUAUCAAUUCGACGCUUCCGCCGUCGGGCUUCAGAGCACCUCUUGCCCUCCCCCGGUGAACCACCUGGUCCCUCCGCCGGCUCACUCUCGUCACUCUCAAGCACGAUGAGCGCCCCCGCCCCCGCCCCCGCCCCGGAAUACGUCGCGCCCGCCGCCGGUGAGGCCGUACAACGCAAGGCCUCCCGGUCCUCGUCCAGCGGUUACGACGAUAAGGAGAAACAGGUCCCCCAGACCGAAGCCGAGAUCCACGACGCACGCGUCAACGAGGAUGAGGAGGAGGUCGAGGAGGCGCGCAGCAGGCGGCACGAGCUCUACCAGAAGUUCCGCCCGGUCAUCUUGGGUGCACUCGCUGCCUUGAUCCUGGGCUGGUGGAUCUCUGCUACUGUUCUGAAGGCGACCCGCCAUCGCUGGAUUGUGCAAACCUUGUUCUCGUGGUUCUUCAUCCUCGUUAUCGCCUUCCGCUUCAUACCGACGACUGUUAUCUCUCGUCCGAUUGAGGCUGUGUGGCAGCCCUUGGUCUCUCGUCCGUUCUUCCAGCUCCCCCGUCAGGUCCGCUACGGGCUGGGUUGGCUCGCCCUCAUCGCCAUCGUCUUCGGAUCGGCCUUCGGGUUCAAGCUCGAGCAUGGUUCGACCUAUGCCGACCGUGGUAUCUCCGUCGUGGGCCUCAUCAUCUUCCAACUCGGCUUUUUCGCGGCAUCAAAGAACCAUAAGGCGAUUCCCUGGGCUACUGUCAUCGUGGGACUGUUCAUCCAACAGGCCGUGGCGAUGUUCGUGCUCAAGACCGACGCCGGUUUCUCGAUCUUCAAGUGGAUCGCGACGCUUGCCUCGGACUUCCUCGCGGAAUCCGCAGUUGGUGCCGCCUUCUUCUUCGACGAUGAGACUAUCGCCAAGCACUGGUUCUUCGUUAACACCCUUGCGGCCAUCAUAUUUUUCAUCGCUUUCGUGCAGAUGAUGUACUACUUGGGUGUCAUGCAGUGGUUGAUCAAGAACUUCGCGUGGUUCUUCUUCAAGACCAUGAACGUAUCCGGUGCUGAAGCCGUCGUCGCUGCUGGCUCGCCCUGGAUCGGUCAGGGUGAAUCCGCCUGCUUGGUCAAGCCCUAUGUCGAUGUCAUGACCGAGUCCGAGAUCCACCUUGUCAUGACGUCCGGUUUCUCGACGAUCGCCGGUUCCGUGCUGUCGGCGUACAUCGCGCUCGGCGUCCCGGCGUCCAACUUGGUCACUUCGUCCGUGAUGAGUAUCCCCGCGUCCAUCGCCAUUUCGAAGAUGCGCCUCCCCGAAGUCGACGAGCCGGUGACCCGCGGCCGCGUCGUCGUUGACCGUGGCGCCGAGGACAAGAAGGGCAAGCCCGCCAAUGCUAUCCACGCCUUCUCGCAGGGUGCCGUCUUCGGUGUUAUCGUCGCUGGCCAGAUCUUGUGCAACGUGCUCACGAUUUUGUCACUCGUUGCCACCAUCAACGGCCUCCUCACCUGGAUCGGUCGCGGCUUCGGCAUCCACCAUCUCACCCUCCAGCUUGUCCUCGGAUACAUCUUCUACCCGGUCACCUUCUUCCUUGGUGUACCUCGCCAUGAGAUCAUCCGCGUCUCGCAGCUCAUUGCCACCAAGCUCAUCGCGAACGAGUUCGCUGCUUAUCUCGACCUCACCACGAUCCAGGCGGGUGACAACCCGCUCUCGCAUCGCGGAUUCACGAUCGCCUCCUACGCGCUUUGCGGGUUCGCCAACCUCGGUUCGCUCGGUAUCCAGAUCGGCGUGCUCAGCGCGCUUGCGCCCUCGCGGGGCAAGAUCAUCGCGCGGAUCGCCGGUUCGGCCAUGAUCUGCGGUUUCAUCUCGACCCUGCAGACCGCUGGCAUCGCCGGCAUGUUGGUGUAAGCUCUCUCCUCGGUAAAGUAUGUAAUCACCUAUUUCUUGCUGUGUGCGCGUCCUUGGUAUGAAUAAUGGUUGUUCGGUUGGGAGAUGUACCACCGCCUGUAUCGAUGCUAUACGAUCCAAAAUGAUUAGACGU